AUGGAAUCCCUCACGGACGAGAUGGCUCUGAUGCGUGUGACCUCUCCACAGUCGGAACCGGAGACAACAACCGUUGAGUUGUGCACGAAUGGAGAUGUCACUCUCGUCGUUGAGCAUAAGCGCUUCGUGGUCUCUAGUGAGAUUCUGAAAAUUUCUUCCGACUAUUUCAGCGUUUUAUUCAUUUGGGAUUUCUCGGAAGGCAAAGCGAUCCAGAACGGAGGCAAUACCGAAAUCGUUCUACAUGAAGAUGACCCAGAGGUGAUGGAAAUUAUUCUAUCAAUCUUGCAUUACAGCUUCCAGCCCAAUCUUCACCAUCUUGAACCGCAGAUGAUACUCAAGGUGGCUCAACACAGCGACAAAUACCAAUGCAACAAACCUCUCACGCCGUGGAUUAUGCAGUGGAUGCAAAAGGCACAAAAGCCCGGCUCUGUCAGGCACUUCGAUUAUCUUCUUACUGCUGCUCAUAUAUUUGGAGCUGAAGAAUAUCUCAAUACAACCUCUGUAGCCGCAAUUCGAAAUCUGCCACCAAAUUUCAAUGUUGCUAAUGAUGAACUGUUUCUCCCCGAAAACCUUCAGAAUGAACUCGCCCGAAGAAUUAGAGGCAUGACUGAGGAUAUCAGGGACAGCAUAGAGCUGGUAUUUGAACAUCUAGGAGCUCCGGGUUAUGCCUUCUGGAGCAAGGAAAUGUCACCCGUGCCGCAACACUGCUUUCAGGCCCCUAUCGUGUACGAAUCAAAGCCGAAAAAUGGAAUACUUCGACAUCCUUCGCCGUUUGUAUCUCUGGCCUACUAA